AUGGCGGAUGAUGCUGGUCCACGGCCAAGCGCUGCUCGGCAUGCGACAUCUAGCGCAGGUGCAGGUGCAGGGACAGGGACAGCCGCAGAGCAAGGCUCAUCAUCGUCCUUGGAGCCAUUCUGGAGCUCUGCAUUAUCUCGUGCCAGCCCAUCCAUCACCUCGCUACGCCAUCGAUUGCCAACGCUUCCCUCUCCGCCCCUUCGUAUUCAAAGGGUUUCUCAACUAGACGCCGAAUUGUUGGAUAGCGAGUUGACAACGAUGUUAUUGGACCCUUUGAUGUCUUCCCUGUCCCUCAUCGCGCCUCGACUACCCGAUUCUUUGGGUCCCGAAAUCAGAGCGACGCUAGAAUUGGCCCUCUGGAGAUUCUCCAUCUUGGCCCAGUCGGCAACGUAUGGAGCCAUGCUGCAAAACCUCAAGUACAGAAACGAGUGGGCGCAUCGAGCUAGAGGAUUGCAAAGCACCGCUAGAGAUGCCCCGCUGGCUAUGUGGCAGCUGCUGCUUCAUCCGAUCCUCACCAUCGGUGUGCCGUAUGCCCAUGCCAGACUGGAAAGGGACAUGACUGGAAGGAACUUUUCCGAAAGGUCAAGCGACGAUUGGAGGAGAAAAAUUUGGAACGGCAUGGAUGCAUGGGGUAGACUUCAUGCUGCUUUGGCUCUCGCAAAUUUUGUCAUCUUCCUCGGUGACGGCAAGUGAGUUGGCCGCUGGUGGGACUGUAUGCGCUUCUCUCGACGUUGCUCAGGUGGUGCACAUUUUGAUCUACGUCUCCCUCGUGCACAGGUAUCGGACGCUCACAGACAGGCUGCUGGGUAUGCGACUCGUCUACGCCCAACGAACAAUGUCGAGAGCAAUCUCUUUCGAAUUCUUGAAUCGUCAGCUCGUGUGGCACGCUUUCACUGUGAGUUCAGACGCGCUGACGACGCCCCUGCAAACAGCUCAUCUUAAACAACGUCCUGAUCGAUGUGAUCGCACAGGAAUUCCUUCUCUUCAUCUUGCCCCUGCUCAAACCACGUCGCUUGCUCAAGAGGCUCAUGCGGCUGCCCACGCAUCCCUGGAUCCUCCGUGUCUGGCUUCUCGUCCUACCUCGACGCGUCACGUCCUUCUUUGGCUUGACGCAAGAUGCGCAGACGGGAAAGCCCAUCCUGCGUCUUCCUGCCAGCCUCACGCGCAGUGGCAGCAAGUCGGGCAAAGACCAAAGCAAAUUCGCAAGCGUGCCCAGACAUGUCUGCGCUAUAUGCUACGAAAGGGAGGAAAAACGGCAGGGCGGGAUCGGUGGAGUGGGGAGGGACGCGAUCAGAGCUGGUAUACCCAGCUCGGAUCCUUUGGAUCCAAGCGCCAAUACGCUGGCCCCUUCGAGGGCAUCAGCCAAUCCCAAUGCGAGCUCCUCGCAGGUCAGACCUGCCCUACCUCGAUCCAGAUCGUCCAAUAGCACAUCCACCGCAGCGCUUCGAGCAGACGAGCCGACAGUGAGCUCAACAGGUAUCGCUUACUCUACAUGCACAGCACAUACGCCUUACGUCGUACCCUGCUGCGGAGCUUCUUACUGCUACAUCUGCAUAGCUUCCGUGUUGCUUUCCGAACAAGCAGGCGAAGAGUUGGAGGAUAGCGCAGAAGAUGCUAUAGCAGCGACGACCGAAGCACGCUCCUCCUCCUCCUCCUCCCUUACGCCCACCUCUCCUCGUUCGCCCGGCGCAUCCUCAGCUUCGGGAAGCAGAUCACCUCCUUUUAAUCAGAGCGCCGGCGGCGGCGGCGCAUUUGGUGAUUCGCAGGCGCACGCUUGGAGUUGCCUCAGGUGCGGCGAAGGCAUCAGAAGCGCAAGAAGAAGAGACGGACGCGAACCCGUGUGGAGAGAAGCGAAGCCUUCUAAUCCGACUCGCAGGAGCUUCUCCAGCUCUGCUGAUGACGACGAUGAGGAAGAGCUCGAUUUGCUCAGAUAA